AGUAACUAGCGCAUUGGCUUCAAAAGAUUCACGCUACGUGUGUUACUCCUGAUUAAGCAGCGCCAUGCUACUGAAACCUUUACAUAUAUCUGUGCCGAUUAAUUUUUAAAGGCAAUAGAAAGUUAAUGGACAUGUUUGAUCCUGUUUUAUGGUAUUAUUAUGCACACGUUUAUAGGUUGAUAAGGAAACAAACGUCAUACUUCAAGUACAGCGUUCGAGGAACCUGUUUGGAAUUCACCUGUGUUCUCAUGACCCAAGGAACUGUAAACUUUCAGUUUAUGACAGCCAUUCGGAAGUGUAACAUUCAGUGCGUGUAGUCGAACUGACGCAAGUACUAACUUCAGAAACACCACGCAAGUUACGUUGUCUUAACACGCUGACUCAUUAAAACGCAGGUUCCUAUACCUUACAGAUGUCCAACAGUACAGAUCUAGGAAAUAUAAUUCCAAAAAGUCAAGCCUCAGGACCACGCCCCAGUAAAAAGAAAAACAAUGGAGGAGGGGUAGGAACAGUGUCCCUCGAAAUGUCCUACCCCUUUAUGGUCAACCUCCGAAUCAGCAAGGAGAUAAAUGAAACUUGCUCCAUGAUCGACCUGCUCAAUACACAGCUCACAGAACAAGGCUAAAGCAGAGUGAAAGAAUUGAGCAAACUCUUCUUUGUCAAUGUUUCGACGUUUGCAAAAGAUAUGAAACUAAAGAUAGCAACAAGCACACUCUUAAAACUCAAACGUUCUCUUUGGCCUUGUUCACAAAUGAAUUGGUGAACAAAAAUGUUGAUCCGAAUGAGCCUUUGUCUUAUUUUGACUGGGAUAAGGUUGCAUCCUUAGAAAUAGUUAGGUGUCAACCUGAUGCAAGUAUUCCUAAGAAACAGGAGAAUUAUGACGAUUUGAACAAGCGCCAACAGCAUCGACGACGGACACUUAUCAAGCAACAAUCCAAGAAGAGUCUGUCUUUUCUCACCCAGUAUCAACUGGUCCCCAAAGCCAUUAUCAGUACUUCGUCCUGUGGACAAGAGGUUCAAAUCAACUUUGAAAAUAAAGGUGAUAAAUCGUCGGGGUCUACGUGUGAUAGCCUCCGCUCUCUCGUCGGUGUCAUGGACAGGUUUUGUGUAAGCGAGGCUGCCUAUCAUGAAAUUACACAGUUAUAUCCAAAUCUACCACGCACUCAUUCCGUGAUAAAUACCCGUCGAGAAAUGACUGCCACUCUCGCCAUCAGUCGAGUGCCAGGAGAAGUUAAUGGAGCGAUGGUUAGCUUCAGACAGGAACUAGAUAAAAGGUUGAAGGAAAAAAUACUUGAAAACCCAAAUCUGAAGGAAGUCAUGGUUCAAUUAAGCAGUGAUGGAACCCAUGUAAGUCGCAUAUCGAACUACGUAAUAUUUGCCUUUCGGUUGGUAGACGCAACGUACACGGAUAAUCACAGUGCUGAUAACGUCAUAACUCUGGCUAUCUUAAACUGCAGAGAAGAUUAUUUCAAACUCAAAACUUCAUUACAGCCUCUAUGCGAAGAAAUUAACUCAGUCAUUGAAGCAGGGCGAGUUCAUAUUGAUGACAAGGAGAUAGCAGUUAAUAUUGUGUUCUGUGCUGACAUGAAGAUGAUCCUCACAGUAGUGUGGCUUGGGGGAGUCUCUUGCAAUCAUUCCUGUCCUUGGUGCUUAGUGCAUAGGGAUGACAGGCACAACAUGACACACCCAUUGGACUACUUCAACAGCGACAACAUGAUGAGGAACUGGCAACGAGUAACAGAACAUGCUGUAAAACGCGAGUAUGGGGUCCAUCAUACUCCUCUCCUGAAAAUAGAGAUGGAGGACUUUAUUCUGGAUGAGCUGCAUCUCCUGCUCCGGAUUACGGACGUCUUGGAGAAGAACCUGAUAAAUGAUGCAAUGACUCGAGAUAAAGAGCGUGCAGCAGUGAAAGAGAACCCUAAACAUAUGGGUGAACUUGUAAAGGCUAUCAAAUCCUGUGGGGUGCCAUUUUCUUAUUGGGAGGAAAAGGAAACAAAGAAACUGAAAUGGACAAGCUUGAAUGGGCUGGAAAAAAGAAAACUUCUGUCUAAACUUCCACAAGCAUUAAAAGGGAAGCUUCAAUCAAACACUGAAGAGAAAGUCCUAAGCUUGUGGAAGCUGUUAGACGAUAUCUACAGCACCAUUACCGCCUCUGAGCCCAUGAGAGCAGAUGAAGUCUUCAAGUUAUCACAAACUUGGGUAGAAACGUUCUUGUCACUUGGCCCUCACUUAUCAGGAUACACUGAAAAGAACGUAACCCCUUAUGUUCAUUGCAUGGUGUACCACGUACCGUUUAUGCUAAGAAAAUUUGGUACAUUGAGAAAAUUCAGCUGCCAAGCAUUUGAGAAGCACAAUGAUGUUGUCAAGAAAAUACAUCAGCGGAAAUCUAACAAGUUGGACCCCACCGUGGAGGCCCUACAGAUCUGCAAACGCAUGGAAGAAAGUUCCAAGUCCAAAAGAGACAAGCGACAAUACACCAAGCACAGACCUAAAUACUGGAAUGAGGAGAUACGUGAAGUUCGAAGCGCAAAGCGAGCAAAACUGGAUGAAAUAAACAGUCAAGCAGUUCAACCUGCUGAUCCCGUGAGCAUGACUGUUAAGGGACUAUAUUAAAAAAAAUGGGCGUCGAAACUAAGGCAAAAAGUCGCGAAGGACUGCUGAAAGAUGCACAGAGGAAUCGUGAUCGUGACAACUUUGUUCCUUUCACUUCAAAUGAACUGUUUGAAUGAAUAGGAGUCUGUAAAGAAACUGUGUUACUUUGUACUUAACAUGCAAAAAGGACAUGUCAAAUCUCGUUUUGAGUUUCAACGACUCAACUUAAUCAUUUCUUUGGAAGUAUUGGUGAUUCAGGUGAACCUUUGUUGCGCCUUGUCAUACGUGGUUCAGUUACAAACCUGUUUAGUACAACGUCAUUUGUAAGCCGGAUGAAUAUCUCAUUUUACAACUCGUCUACUUCAAGUAAUCUGAAAUUGAUUUCCCUGGAAAUAGUUAUCACGUUAUACACGUCGUGGGGCUGGCCUUGGUGAAUGUUAUGAUAACGAUCUAUCGUGACACUGUGUAUGUGUCUUAAUGCUCGGUUAUGCUAUGACAGUGAUGUGAUGUCAUAUGUAUGCACACACACAAAGGUUAUCAGGUACGACAUUAUAACUUGAACAAAAUAUUUUGCACACGAAGAAUUUAAUCUAUUUUAAGCCUCUUUACAUUUUUCUUCUCAAACACGGCAUUAUUAGGAAAUGCGUUUAUUUCCAAAACCUUGUCAACAGAUGUCAAUGCCAGCCACGGGUUUGGUCUGAAUUACCGUAUUCGACAUAAUAAGCGCCUAGGGCGCUCUCAAAAUUAGAAAUAGGGGGCUCUUAUUAGAAAAUUAUUUUGGUGGAAAAAAACAGAGUUGAAAGAUAAAUUUCGUUGUUUUUACAGACUGAAGUAUUUAUGUACGACAGAUAUAAUAUAUAUAAUCCAGAAUUUAUUAGCCCGUAACUAAGGGUGCACAUUACACACGUGUGCGUAUUGUACGCGAAUGAAUAAGUCUUGUGUACAUUGAUCAAUCGGAAGGGAUGCUAAUUGGGAUUGUUGAACGGCCAAUAUAUCAGCAAAUGUCGCUGUGGGCGCGUAUGAGAGCGGGGCGCUUAUUACGUCGAAUACGGUAAGUGCAAUAAUCUUGGACGUGACGUUAAACACAAUUUCACCUCACCUCACUUGAUAAACUACGACAGUAAUCGUUAAACCAAGCGACACCACUGUGGCGUGUUGGGACUUCCUGGUCGAUAUGGUAAAGUGUCAAGUACAAGAUUUUCGAAAUGAUAAAAUGAUUAAGAGGAAGAUAAACACACUAUUGACCGUCAAUUGUCAACAUCACAGAUCCCACAUAGCACUGGGGAUAACAUGGACCAUUUCCUGGAUUACAUUCAGGACAUGUGUGCUGACAUGAUCAUUAAUGUCACAAAAUGAAAGCCAAUGCGUCAAUGAUGUGUAUGGCCUCGCACAUAGUUCGUUAGACAUUUAUGUCGUCAUCGGGAAUUGCCCUACAUUCUUCUCUAAGUCCUUGCCCAUCUAAUUUCUGUUCAUUGGAGGAUUGGGACGGCGUUAUUGGUUCUGCUCAAAUGAUCUCAAAGAUGUUCUCUGGGUGACUAGUCUGGUGAAAGGGCUUGCCAUUGCAAAACAUUGACGUUGUUCGUGGCCAGAAGCUGUUGCACAACAUUGUCCUAUUGCAACAAGACUUGCAAGAAGUGUAACACAACGGGACAUGACACGAGGUCAAUGUAUUAAAAUAUCCAUCAAUAACGACCGGUUGUAUUCUCUGUCGACCACAUACACAUGUACCACUCCAAACCAUCACCAUACCAAACGGUACAGUUAAGCGGCAACAGGGGUUCGUUCCUUCUCCCUUUCGUCGGUAGAUCCGUGUUCUCCCGUCGGCUCUACACGACGGGUCAAAACACGAGGUCAAUAACGACCGGUUGUGUUUUCUGUCGACCACAUAU